GAAAAUGAUGCUCCUUGACAAUCAUCCAAACCCCCCGUCUUUUCCGUAUCUCACUUUGAUGGCCAAGAUAACGGCAGCACACUCAAAGCCUUACCGCUGCAACGUGGCCCCAAAGGAACCAUGUGAUAUCCAGUUUGUGCUUGAUGAGCCCAUUUUGGGCCAUACCUUCACCCGAUAUGCUUAUCCAAUCAGAAAUUUCCCCUGGCGAUAAUGGGUCAAGUUUUGGCGUGGAUUGAAACUCUUUACGCCCAAGUAGCUACGCUGCCUGGUCAAAACGUAAAGGUAGCAGACACCAUACGCGCGCAUAUAAAGUCUCCCAUCAUGUCGGCAAUUUUUUUUUCUGGUUUUAACACUAAUUCUAUGGGUUACUGUAAACGUUGUGGUGACUUGAAUACCAGCGCGAAGUGCAGAAAAUGCGGUGGUCCAGUUAUGUCCCGUACGUUGCAUCAUACCGGAGACCAACCUGUGGUUGACCGUUGGAAGUCCCGGUACAUGGAUAGCAUCAACGGUUCGGAAAAGCUGAAUGUAGACUCACCCAGUGUCCUCAGCACAAAAGGAUCGUUAUCGAUGCCAACGAAAAACAUCAAUUAUUUCCACCAACUUCGCCGUAACGCUCAUACCACUGCUAUUAGUCCUAUGCCUAUAACCUCAAAAUCAACUCGCCCUCAACCAUUCGUGGCUUCCACAUGGUCCGAUACCACCGGUGGUGACUGCAAGCACUGUGAACGAAAGAUUGUCGAUCGCAGUCUCACCCUUAGCACAGGAGCUACGUAUCAUCCCGGUUGUCUAUUAUGCCAGCAAUGCAGCAAGGUGGUGACUGAUAACGCAUUCACCCUGCUUGAUAGCAAAGUCUAUCACCAUCAGUGUGCGCCAACAAGAGCUCAUCAUUGUAACAAAUGCAGCCAACCCUUUCAGAAUGUGUAUCUAAAUGUCAAUCAUGCCAAAUACCAUGUUGAGUGCUUUGGAUGUACGAGCUGUAGAAAAGCACUACCUCCGUCAUGUUUGUAUAUGGAAAUGGCCAAGUCACCGUAUUGCAAAUCUUGCGCCGGGAAUAAAUUUGCCGACGAUGGCAGCGCCACAAUGAAAGUCGUGCCACUGCCUGUAUCGAUUAUGCCACCCGUCAUUUCAAGUGACGACGUCAAACCUUCCUCUCUUUUUACCUCUCGAGCACGACCCCUCCCUCGAUUUGGCGGAUCCAAAACCUGCCCGGCAUGUCAUCAAACCAUCAAUUUACUUGAAGAGAAAAAUGGCCCUAUGGCCUCCAAAUGGCACAAAAAAUGCCUAAAGUGCGAAGCUUGCAGCAAAGCACUCGAUUCUUCGGCCAUUAUGAAAGACAAUGGCAAAUUCACCUCAUUGUAUAAUCGAGUGGAACCUACCAGCCAGCAAAAAGUAGGCCAAAUGGUCUGAAUGCCCAGCAUUUUUUCGCAGUUCUGGCGCAAAUGUCCGCUGACCACGUGUUUCGUCUGGGCCCAAUUCAGUCUUGGCCUUUCUGUAAAA